AUGGACAGAAGUUGGAUUUCACGAAAACGUACUACGCCUGAAUUUCGUCAAGGGGUUGAGGAAUUUAUUCAAUUUGCAUUGAAACACAAAAAGGAGGGGGGUAAAAUAUGUUGCCCUUGUAGGAAUUGUGGCAAUAUUACUACGGUGUCUACAGAAAGUCAAUUACGAGAUCAUAUAUUUUGGAAUGGGUUUUCUAAGAAUUAUACCGAAUGGAUAUGGCAUGGUGAAGGGAUUUCAGGUAGGACAAACAAUAACUAUGAGGAUCCUGUAGAGAAUCUAAGUAACGAUCAUUUAUCUUAUGAAAAUGAUGAGUUAGAUGAUUUUGUGCAUGAUACGGAGGAUAAUUUAGAAGAGAGGUCGCAUGUUCUUGAUAGUUUUUUGAGUGAUGCCGAAAAACCUUUGUAUGAGGGUUGCACCAAGUAUACUAAAUUAUCUAGUGUGCUAAGUCUGUUCCAGAUAAAAGCAGAAGGUGGGUGGACUGAUAAAAGUUUUACAAAGUUGAUGGCAAAACUAAAAGACAUGUUCCCCGAGAACAAUGAGCUUGCAAGUUCUACAUACCAUACUAAAAAAAUGUUGUGUCCGAUGGGUUUGGAUGCAGAGAGGAUACACGCUUGCCCUAAUGAUUGUGUGUUGUAUCGAAAAGAGUACAAUGAGUUGCAAGAAUGUCCAAGAUGUGGGGAAUCUCGAUAUAAGGUGAGUGACAAUGGUGAUGCUACCAAUGAACCUGCCAAGGUACUAUGGUAUCUGCCUAUAGUUCCGAGAUUGAAACUCUUGUUCGCUAAUGCCAAAGAUGCUGAAAAUUUAACAUGGCAUGCUGACAAGCGCACAAAAGAUGAAAUGAUUCGACAUGUAGCCGAUUCCCCACAGUGGAAACAUAUUGAUGAUCAAUUCGAGGAAUUUGGUCGUGAAUCAAGGAAUUUGAGGUUAGGAUUAUGUACAGAUGGGAUCAACCCGUUUGGUAACAUGAGUAGCCAACAUAGCACAUGGCCUGUUUCGCUCGUGAUAUACAAUUUGCCACCUUGUCUAACCAUGAAGCGGAAGUACAUUAUGUUGUCAUUGUUGAUAUCAGGGCCUAAGCAACCUGGGAAUGACAUAGAUGUGUACUUAGCACCACUAAUUGAAGACUUAAAAAUGUUGUGGGAUGAAGGUGUGCCUGUGUUUGAUGCAUAUCGACAAGAGACUUUUACAUUGCGUGCCAUGAUAUAUUGCACAAUUAAUGAUUUUCCUGCAUAUGGGAAUUUAUCCGGUCACGUCACAAAGGGUUAUAAAGCAUGCCCUAUUUGUGAAAAUGAUACAAAAGCAAUUCAUUUAGAGAAAUGUAAUAAGCAGGUAUACAUGAGCACUAGGGUGUUUUUGCCUCGUAGUCAUCCCUAUCGCAAACUUCGAAAGGCAUUUGAUGGAAAACCUGAGCAUAGAUCUGCCCCUAUUCCUCUAACAGGGAAGCAAGUCUAUGAACAGGUUAAGGACAUCAAUUGUGUAUUUGGAAAACCAUACAAAGCUACGACUGGCCAAGCUUGUUACAAAAAGAUGUCUAUAUUUUGGAGCCUUCCAUACUGGGAACAUUUGGAUGUAAGACAUUGUAUUGACGUGAUGCAUGUUGAGAAGAACGUAUUUGAUAGUCUUAUUGGCACGCUUCUAAACAUACCAGGUAAAACAAAGGAUGGAAAAAAUGCAAGGGAUGACAUGGUUAAAUUGGGAAUUUGA